CACCGGCGAAUUGCUAACCUGUCCGUGGAACUGCUCUCACUUCUCACCAUUUCUUCCCAUUUCCUCCCUCGCACUUGAGUCGCCUCAACAGCAAAACCCAACACCAAACACAGAAAAAGAAAAGAAAAAGAACAUUUCAUCCCCCAAAAAUGGCAGAUCUGGUCCAAGUAUCUCCUCCGCCACGCUCUCCAACAGACUUCUUCAACGACCCGAUCGAUUCUUCUCCUCUAUGGUUCAACAAAUCUGCAUUUCUACACCCAUCUUUCGACCCCGAAUCAUACAUCUCCGAUCUCCGCUCUUUCGUUCCCUUCGACACCCUCCGCGCUCACCUAUGGGCCCACCUCUCCUCCCUCAAUCACGAACUCGUUGAUCUCAUCAACCGCGACUACGCUGAUUUCGUCAGCCUCAGCACCAAGCUCAUCGACAUCGAUGGCGCUGUGGUCCGGAUGCGCUCCCCCCUUUCUGAUCUACGGGACAAGAUCGCCCAGUUCAGGGGCAAUGUCGAGUCGUCACUCGCCGCCAUCCAGAACGGGCUCCGGCAGCGCAAGGAAGCGUCAGCAGCGAGGGAGAUCCUCGAGCUGUUGCUCGACACAUUCCAUGUUGUGUCCAAGGUUGAGAAACUUAUUAAGGAGUUACCUGGUAUGCCUGCUGAUUGGUCAAGUACAGAUGUAGCCCCUUUAGAGAAGGGUUCCUUAAGCAAUGGCAUUUCAUCACAACAUGUUGAGAAUGGAACAAACCUCAGAGAGACUCAAAGCAUUCUUUUGGAGAGAAUUGCUAGUGAGAUGAACCGGCUAAAGUUUUACAUUGCCCAUGCGCAGAACCUUCCCUUCAUUGAGAACAUGGAGACUCGAAUUCAGAGUGCCAGCCUUUUGUUGGAUGGCAGCUUGGGACAUUGUUUUGUAGCCGGCCUAGAACAUCGAGAUGCAAAUGCAAUUUGCAACUGUUUACGUGCAUAUGCUGCUAUUGACAACACUGCAGGUGCAGAAGAAAUUUUUCGUACGACCAUAGUGUCCCCAAUGAUUCAGAAAAUUAUUCCCUAUGGCUCUUCACAGCCGGUUGGUGGAGCUUCCUCGGAUGAGCUCGAGGAGGAUUACCGACAAAUCAUGCAAUCCACUGAGAAGGAAUGCAAAUUUUUGCUGGAAAUUUCUUCCUCAGCAAAUUCAGGUUUGCAUGUUUUUGAUUUCCUGGCCAAUUCAAUACUUAAAGAAGUCCUUUUAGCUAUUCAGAAGGGCAAGGCAGGGGCACUGUCUCCAGGCAAACCAGCACAGUUCCUUAAAAACUACAAAGCGAGUCUGGGGUUUUUGGCUUAUCUUGAAGGCUACUGCACAUCCAGAUCCACUGUUGCUAAAUUUCGAUCAGAGGCUGUUUAUGUUGAUUUCAUGAAACAAUGGAACAUUGGGGUUUAUUUCUCGCUGAGAUUUCAGGAAAUUGCUGGAGCUCUCAAUUCUGCACUUGUGGUGGCUACUAUUACCCCAGUUCACACUUCACAUCUGAGUGAAGGAAGCCCUCAAGAACUAACACUAAAGCAAAGUGCCACACUUCUAGAAUGCUUGAGAGCAUGCUGGAAGGAGGAUGUACUCGUUUUUUCUUGCUCGGACAAGUUCCUUCGCUUGUCUCUGCAGCUUCUCUCAAGGUACUCAACUUGGCUGUCUUUUGGAUUGUCUGCUCGCAAAGCAGGAAGCGUGGGACCGCACCCUGGCUCUGAAUGGGCUAUAGCUGCAACCCCAGAUGAUUUUAUUUUUGUAAUGCAUGACAUAAGUUGUGUGGUUACUGAGCUUCGUGGCGACUUCCUUGGACAUGUUCUUCAGCUUCUUGCUUCUUGCUCUACUGAAGUACGUGAUUUAGUAAAGAUAAGUAUUAUGCAGGCUGGAAAAUCACUGUUGGAUUUGGCACCCAUCAUAAUUGAUACGAUGAUUGAGGCACUUGUGGAGAAGUCUGUUGAGGACUUGAGACAGUUGAAGGGAAUAACAGCAACUUACAGGAUGACUAAUAAACCGCUUCCUGUGAGGCAUUCACCUUACGUGUCAGGAGUACUGCGGCCACUGAAGGUUUUUCUGGAAGGAGAGCGGGCUGCAUAUUUGACAGCCGAAGUUAGAAAUGAAUUGCUCCAUGGUGCCACAGAAAGGAUUACCGGCCGUUAUUAUGAGCUGGCAGCGGAACUUGUUAAUGUGGCAAGGAAAACAGAGUCUUCUCUCCUGAGAAUACGCCAAGGUGCACAAAGACGAGCAGGGGCGAGCUCGGAUGCAUCGGACAACAACAUCUCUGACACCGAUAAAAUAUGCAUGCAGUUAUUCCUCGAUAUUCAGGAGUAUGGCCGCAACCUCGCAGCACUUGGGGUUGCAGCCUCCGAUAUUCCAGCUUAUUGUUCCUUGUGGCAGUGCGUGGCCCCACAAGAUAGGCAGGAAGAAAUAAAAUUCUAGGGUCACUCAUCAGAUGAAGGGUCCAAAGCAAUCAAUCGGUGCUUGGUUAUACAUCACCCGUUUUUGUAGCAGGAUUUGAUUCAAUUGGAUGUUGGUUCUGAAUUCAAUUCAUUGUGUUUACUUCAUGUAGGCCCGCCAUUUCUUUUGUGUUUGUUUUGUUUUGUGUUUUUUUUUUUUUUUGCUACAGAAUACAUUGCCAAAUGACCCAGUAUUAUAUGACAAUCAGCUGUAUAAAAAAGAACUAUAUGCACCAUAGUUCGGUGUAGAGGCGAUA